AUGGGCUUUGCGCAGUGCACCGGGCCUAUAUGGCUGGUCGACGACUUUACCGUCUGCUUCCAACAAGACUAUUUAAAGAUCAUCUUACCUUUACUGGUAGUCGCCCUGUCCUUCACGCACAUUCUCUGGCGCAAUGCCCAGUCCGUAUACGGGCAGCGAAAGACGCAAGCCUACAGCCGCCUUGCCACUGACGAACACGCCGCACACGAUCACACCGAACUACCACCUGACGAGGAGGCCGAGGUUGAGGAAGAGGAAGCUCUCGAGAUCAACGCCGGUCGACUGUCGCUCACAAAAACUACAACCAAGGGUUCCAUCAUCAAGGAGGAUACACCCACAGGACAAUACCUCUGGCAAUUGGUUGAAGAGCUGGGCGUGGUCGGUCUCGUUGCUACCAAUGCCGUAGCACUCAGCAGCGGGACGUACACAACCUCGCAUGGCCAACUCACGGCCAUCGCUGGGCUGAUUGUCUGGAUUUACGCACUCAUCCUGACCACCCUGCGCCUGCUUCUAGGGAACUCCAAGUGGUGCAUCCCGCACCUAUGGAACCACACUGCGACCAUUUACGGCUUCAACUGGCUCUUCAUGGUCUUCGUCUUCCGCUCUGUGCUCAUUCGCCCGACCUCCAAAACGGCCCAGGUCCUUGUCAUUGUCGAAUUUGCGAUUAUCUCGCUUCUGUUUGGCAUGGCGGUGUCCACCCGCAAAGGCAACAAGACAGUGGUGCUAGAGUGGGAGGAUGGCAUCGAGCCCUCCCGUGAGCCCCUGGCCAGUCUCUUCUCGGUGGCCACCUUUGGCUGGGUUGAUUCUAUCAUCUACAAGGGCUGGAAACAGCCAAUGGAGCUCGAGCACGUCUGGAAUCUGCUGCCCAAAGACAAGGCUGCCGAUGUCCUGGCCGACUAUCGCCAGAUGAAGAGGACCAGCUCGCUGGCCUUCCAUCUCCUCAGGUACUUCAAGAGGGACCUGUUAGUCCAGUGUGGCAUGGCCGUCAUAUCAGGCAUCUUCACCUUCGCCCCGACUCUCCUCCUCAAAGCAAUCUUGCGAUACGUCGAGUCGUCUGACCGCGCACCCAUCAACGUACUCUGGCUCUACGUUAUUGGCCUGCCCGUGCUCGACAUGGUCCGAUCUUGGGGUGACGGAAUGGCCUUGUGGAUUGGUCGCAAGAUUUGCAUCCGCGUUCGUGCCAUUAUAGUGGGCGAGAUCUAUGCCAAGGCCCUCCGCCGCAAAGCCGCCUCUGGCAAGGAAAAGGUCCUCCUCCAAGUCAAGCCCGCUGCUAACGACGGCGGGGACGUCAAGGAGGGCACGGGCAGCAAACUCAAGCGCGCUCUCGGCCUCAAGAAAAAGAAGGAAAAUAGCUCCAGCAGCGACACAGAAUCAGGGUAUGAGAGUCUCAAUCAGUCCGUUGUCGCAGACGAUGAGCAAGCAAAUCUCGGCACCAUUAUCAACCUCAUGUCUGUCGACAGCUUCAAAAUCGCCGAGAUUACGGCCUACUUGCACUUCUUGUGCGCCGCAGCUCCUACAAUGCUCGUCGUCUCCAUCGUCCUACUCUGGCAGGUCAUGGGUCUCAGUGCUAUCCCUGGUAUUAUUGUCAUGGUCUUCCUCCUACCUAUCAACUACUUCAUUGGAAAGGGCUUCAGCACUACGUCGAAGAACAUCCUUGCUGCCACCGACAAGCGCAUCAACAUCACGAACGAGGUACUCCAGAAUAUUCGGAUCAUCAAGUACUUCGCAUGGGAAGAACGAUUUGGUAUGAUCAUCGAUGAAAAGCGUCACGCUGAGCUCAAGGCCCUGCGUUCGAGAUUCAUGGUCUGGGCUACCGCAGUUGCCAUCUGGAACUUCGUCCCUGUGCUCAUCACCUUCUUCUCCUUCUUGGUCUACACCUUGAUCGAGAAGAAGCCGCUGUACCCUUCCGUCGCCUUUACCGCCAUCUCAUUGUUCAUGCUUCUGCGCAUUCCCCUGGACCAGCUUGGUGAUAUGUUCGCCCACGUACAGGAGGCCAAGGUUUCUAUCGACCGCGUUGAUGAGUUUCUGAACGAGGAUGAGACCGAAAAAUACGAGCAGUUGGGCACCGACAACGUGGACGAAGAUGGCGUCAGGCGCAUCGGCUUCAGGGACGCCACCCUGAUCUGGGGAGGCCGCAAUACCGUGGCUGACGACGGUUCCCGCGCAUUUCGUCUGCUCGAAAUGAACGUCGACUUUCAGAUUGGCAAGCUCAACAUCAUUGCUGGACCGACUGGUUCCGGCAAGACGUCUAUGUUGAUGGGUCUACUUGGUGAAAUGACAAUGGUCGAGGGGAGAGUGUUCUGUCCUGGCGGUCAAAGCCGUGAGGAUGCUCGCGUUGAUCCUGAAACCGGCCUCACAAACACAAUCGCCUAUGUUGCCCAAGCUGCCUGGUUGGUGAACGCCAACAUCCGCAACAACAUCCUCUUCGCGGCACCUUAUGACGAACAGCGUUACAAGGACGUCAUUGUUGCAUGUGCCCUGGAGCGCGACCUGGAGAUUCUCGACCAUGGCGAUGAAACAGUCGUUGGCGAGAAGGGUAUCACGCUCUCUGGUGGUCAGAAGCAGCGUAUCUCGCUCGCGCGUGCUCUCUACUCGAACUCUGCCCACCUGCUCCUGGACGACUGCCUCAGUGCUGUGGACUCCCAUACCGCCAAGUGGAUCUUCAGCAAUUGCAUUAAAGGACCUCUGAUGGCUAACCGCACCUGCAUCCUGGUGACACACAAUGUGCAACUUUGUGUACCAUCAUCGGAAUACGUCGUGGUGCUUGACAACGGUCGCGUCGCCGUCCAGGGAUUGUCUGCCCAGGUCAUUGCCUCUGGAAAACUAGGCGAGGAGAUCAAGAAAGUCAACCCUGCUUCCACUGCGCCAUCUCGUGUGCCCUCUCGGGUUCCCUCGAGCGUUGGCGACGAAGACGCCAACGGCGAGACGACCAAUGGCGUGAAUGGCAUCCCGGAUAAGAAGAAGAAGGCUCCGCCACCUCAGCAGGACGCCAUGGGCGAAGGAAAGGUUACCGGUGCGGUCAAGUGGCCCGUGAUGAAACUUUAUCUCGCCUCCAUGGGCUCCUGGUGGUUCUGGGCUGUCACCUUUGUCGUCUUCAACGCGCAACAGCUCGCGACCGUCGCUAUCCAGGUGUGGGUUCGUGAGUGGUCAAAUCAGUACGUGGUCGAGAAGGCUGCGGGUGUAUCCUGGGUACAGGCAUUGAGGAGUUCGUCUCCGAAUGUCAAGGUAAUGGACCUGACCUUGUACCAUGCCGCCCCUCCUACCCAGGAACCACUGCUGCAAACCAACCUGUCGAACGUGAACGUUGCCUACUAUCUGUUCGUACUCGCCAUCAUUGGGCUGGCGAGUGCUGGCACCGCGCUGAUGCGGGAUCUCUGGCUCUUCUUUGGUUCUCUGACUGCCUCCCGACGCAUCCACGAUAUGCUUAUCCGCUCUGUCGCGCGAGCGCAAUUCCGCUUCUUCGACGUUACACCUCUCGGCCAGAUCAUCAACCGAUUCAGCAAAGAUCUAGAAGCCAUUGACCAGGAUGUUGCGCCGACCGCUGUUAGUGUAAUGUCUUGCGCUCUGUCCCUCGUGGUCACCGUCAUCCUGAUCUCGGUCAUCACACCUGGAUUCCUGAUUGCUGCCGCAUUCAUUGGCGUCUUGUUCUACCUCGUGUCAGUCUUCUACCUGCGUGCCUCGCGCGAUCUCAAGCGGUUGGAGUCAGUACACCGCAGUCCCCUUUUCCAGCAGUUUGGCGAGACGCUCCAUGGCAUGACGACCAUUCGUGCCUACGGUGAGGAGCGCCGCUUCAUCCGCGACAACCUGAGCAAGAUCAACACGCAAGCUCGGCCCUUCAUCUACCUGUGGGCUUGCAACAGGUGGCUGGCCCUUCGUGCAGACCUUUUGGGCGACCUGGUGGCAUUUUCUGCCGGUGUGUUCAUCAUUCUCAGCCUUGGGAAGGUCGACGCUGGUGCCGCCGGUAUGUCCCUCAGCUACGCAAUGAACUUUACGGAAAAUCUACUGUGGCUUGUCCGCAAUUACGCAAUCAACGAGCAGAAUAUGAACUCGAUGGAGCGUGUGAAGGAGUACCUCGAUGUCGAGCAGGAGGCGGACGAGAUUGUCGAAGACAACCGCCCUGAUCCCAGUUGGCCGGCCAAGGGUGCUGUUGAGUUCAACAACUACUCGACCCGGUAUCGCGCUGAUCUGGAGCCCGUGCUCCACAACAUUUCCCUCAAGAUCAAUCCUCAGGAGAAGGUCGGCAUCGUCGGUCGUACAGGCGCUGGUAAGAGCUCUCUGACUCUAGCCAUUUUCCGCGCGCUCGAGGCGGAUUCCGGCACCAUCACCAUCGACGACGUGGACAUAAGCAAAAUCGGCCUUCGAGACCUUCGAGAGAAUGUGACGAUUGUGCCCCAGGACCCUACUCUUUUCCAGGGCACGCUCCGCACCAAUCUUGAUCCGUUUGAACAGUACACGGAUGAAGAGGUGUUCGCCGCACUGAGGAGGGUCCAACUCAUCGGCCCUGACGAGCCCUCGACCUCGCCGCCUACGCCGAGGGUCCCCGGGUCCGUCAACUCGGCAGCGCCAUCGGUUGCGACCAACAAGAACAUCUUCUUGGAUCUUGCAUCUCCCAUUAGUGAGAGUGGGUCGAAUCUGUCGCAAGGCCAGCGCCAGCUUACGUGCUUGGCUCGCGCCAUGCUCAAGAACCCCACCGUACUGGUGAUGGACGAGGCCACGGCCUCCAUUGACUACGUGACGGAUUCCAAGAUCCAAGAGACGAUCCGUGAGCUGACGGGCACCGUCAUUACGAUUGCGCAUCGUCUGCAGACGAUUGUCGACUAUGACAAGGUGCUUGUCCUAGACAAGGGCGAGGUAGUUGAGUACGCUCACCCGUGGGAGCUCAUUGACAACGAAAGGACUCUGUUCAGGAGCAUGUGCGAGAUGAGCGGCGACCUCGACACCCUGAUGGAAGCGGCCAAGAGAAAGUGGGAUUCAGGACGUCUGGUGGAUGACAGUUAA